CGAAUAGACUAUAACAGCAGAGAGCAGAGAAGCCAGUUUUCUCCGCCUGCCGAGCUGGACCAGCGCUGCCUCACACAACAGGAGUUACCAUCAGCAUGAACACCUUCCUGAAAACUGCCAGACGACUGAGGAGCCACGGCUCCAACCAAAGCAGUUCAGUGGGGGUCGUGCGCUGGACCCAGCCCAACGUCAACGCCCAGGCUCACAGCUCGGCCCCCUGCAUACCUGCCUGCAACCUCACCGAAAACUCACAGCUCCAUCAUCGACCCAACAGCCUGAAGGAUCUGCGCAGCCUGCAAGAGUGUGUGCAGUUCAUCUACCUCUGGAAAGAGCAGGUGGACCAAGUCUGCAUGGGUGCGUGUGAUCCAGAGGAAGGCACCACUAAGAGUGGGGACAAGAGCUCAGACCCACUUACUGAGCGCAGUCUUGAGCAGCGUAAGAAACUGAUCCUGGAGUGGGCCCACGAAUUCCAUCAUGUCGACCAGCUCCUGAAGGAAACACCCUGGACAUCUGAAGGUGAAGGAAAUCGAGAAGAGGAGGAUGCAAAUGAGGAAGCACAACUGAGGAUCAUGGAUUGGGCCAAGGAGCUGCAGACGGUGACUGAGAGUUGUGGUGUUCAGAGGGAUGAGCUGGGAAAGCUGCUGCUCAUGUUGGGCCGCAAGAAAAAGCAACUGGUCAACCUGCUGCCGCUGCUCGAGUUCAUCACCUGGUCUCUGCUUAAAGAAGACAGCACGAGGAUGAUUCCACAAGCCUGGUUACUGGCAAAGCAAAAGACCGGGAAGGCAGGAGUUCCAGGAUACAUCCCCAACUCAGUUUGGAGAUGGAUUUGCAGUGCAAAAGCUGAUGUGCUUCUUGAUACCAUGACCAGCCACUCAUGGCUGCAGCUGUCAGAUGAUCAGCGUAUGGUGCGAGAGGGCCUUUCUGCGUCUGACCCACUGGACAACUCGCAGCGCUUUGACAGCUGGCCCUGUGUGCUGGGCUGGGAGGGCUACAGCAGCGGCCGCCACUACUGGGAGGUGGACAUAGCCAACAAAGGCUACUGGCGCUUGGGCGUGACCACCGCUGACUCCAAACGGAAGGGGAGGUUCCCCAUGACCCCAAAGCAAAGCUACUGGGUUCUGUGGCACAGCACACAGGAGUUCUACGCGUGCACUAAACCAGAGACGGAGCUGCCGGUCGGCCUCGUCCCUCAGCGCAUGGGGAUCUACCUAGACUACGAAGAAGGCCAGAUCUCCUUCUACAAUGCAGCGACAAAAGCUCACAUUUACACCUUCACUGGAACCUUUAAAGAGAAGCUGUACCCUCUGUUCGCACCGCUGGACGGCCGCACGCUUCUGAAAAUCAUCCCACCACAAAAAAUCUCAUUGAACUGACAAAGACGGACUUUGGAAGCUUUUAUCUGACAUUUCAAAUCUUUUUUUAUUUGACUUCAAGGAAACUGGGUUCAACUGGACAAGAAAGUACAGCAAAGUAAAAUAGCAGCAUCUCCGGCUCUACAUUUCAAAACUUUCAAAACUGACAUUUUGAUGUCUACGUCACCUAUUCGGAUACUGAAUUUCAAAUCUUUAAAGCUGUGAGAGGAAAGACUGAACUCUUAGCGCUGAUGAAGUCAUCCACACCAUAAGUUCUUAGUGAGGAUAGCACUCAAGAGAAAAAGAAAGGAACCCAUUGUGCACAGUGCACUUUUGGAUAUGCACGAAAUAAACACGUGUUGUAAAAACUG